AGGAUUUCAGAGGGGUUCGCGAUGCUGGCGACGCUGGCGAGGGUCGCGGCUCUGCGGAGAAGCGGCCUUCUCUCCCGCCGGGGAGGCGGGAGGGGGCUGUGGACCGGCCGCCCGCAGUCAGAUACUGACAAUAUGAAGCCAUUGGAGGGUGUAAGAAUUCUGGAUCUAACAAGAGUACUGGCGGGACCUUUUGCUACUAUGAAUUUAGGAGAUCUUGGAGCAGAAGUUAUAAAAGUGGAAAGACCAGGAGCUGGUGAUGAUACACGAACUUGGGGUCCACCUUUUGUGGGGACAGAAAGUACUUAUUUUCUCAGUGUUAACCGAAAUAAAAAAAGUAUAGCUGUUAAUAUCAAGGAUCCAAAAGGGGUGAAAAUCAUCAAAGAGCUGGCAGCUGUUUGUGAUGUAUUUGUGGAAAACUAUGUCCCUGGCAAAUUGUCUGCAAUGGGGCUGGGCUAUGAAGAUAUAGACGUGGUAGCGCCUCACAUGGUCUACUGUUCCAUCACAGGGUAUGGUCAGACAGGUCCACUGUCUCAGCGAGCUGGGUACGAUGCUGUUGCCUCUGCUAUUUCUGGUCUGAUGCACAUCACAGGGCCUGAGGAUGGAGAUCCAGUUCGUCCAGGAGUGGCCAUGACUGAUCUUGCCACUGGCCUUUAUGCAUAUGGAGCCAUUAUGGCUGGAUUGAUACAAAGAUAUAAAACCGGAAAAGGACUGUUCAUUGAUUGUAACCUACUGUCAUCCCAGGUGGCAUGUUUGACUCACGUCGCCGUGAAUUAUCUUAUUGGCCAAGAGGAAGCGCGGCGCUGGGGCACAGCUCACGGAAGUAUUGUUCCUUACCAGGCUUUUAAAACCAAGGAUGGAUAUCUCGUAGUUGGAGCAGGAAAUAACCAACAGUUUGCUACUGUGUGCAAGAUCUUGAAUUUGCCUGAACUGACUGAUGAUUCCAAGUAUAGAACUAACCACCUUCGGGUACAGAAUAGAAAAGAGCUUAUUAAAAUACUAUCGACACGGUUUGAAGAAGAAAUGACCAGCAAGUGGUUACACCUCUUCGAAGGCAGUGGAGUCCCGUAUGGCCCAAUUAACAACAUGAAGAACGUGUUUGCAGAACCCCAGAUGUCCUCCCUUGUUUUUCCCCUGACGAGCUGUGGAGUUUCUUGGCCCUGGGUACAUGGAACCGGCCACUUCUGUUCAGAUGUGGGACUGCACCGCUGGCGCCCGUGGCCCAGCUCUCCAUGUGCACCGUGCCAGCACAGCUGCUAGUUCAACUGAAAAUUGAUUUGGGUGAAGUACAAGGCCUGGAACUUGGCGCAGGAAGUGAGACUUUGAUGAAGUGGAAAGGGGUAUGUCUAACCAAAAAAAGAAAGAAGAAAAAAGAUUAGAAGCAUCAAAGAGCAGGAGAUAAUUUUCUGUGGGCCUACUUAUCAAGUGGACCAUUUAUGUUUCAUCUGUGGUUUGAACGUGGUAGACAACAAAAAUUUGCUUGAUGGUCGAAACUGUUCCUAACCAGAAUAAUUUCCUCAUAGUCUCAUGUUCUGAGAAAACUUGCCUUUUUGACUCAACCGAAACAACAAAUGAUUCUUUUUUUUCUGGGAUAGAUGCAAGGGUGUCUACCUUUUAUCCUCUGAUUAUAUGCUACAGACCUUUGCACAGUUAAAAUGAUCCUGCAGGCAUCCACUGUUAAGUCAAUCAGCAAUACUACAGGAGAUUUUGGUCUGUAUUUACUGCUAUCUCUGAGAAAUUUUGAUCCAAAACCCUUUUAGUGGUAGUUUUAUUGUUUUUUCUCCCUCAAUGAUAAAUUAUCUGUGGAAAACUCUGUGCAUUGUAGAAGUAUAAUAUAGAUUAUCUGCAUAUAGAUUUUAAUAGUCAUGUUUCCAAGUGCUUUCUUAAAAUAUCUUCUUUUAAUCAGGCCAAGAUUGUGUAGUACAUUAAAGGAAUUCUUAAAAAGUUUAAAAAACUUACUAGAUGACCUCAGUAUGGUCCUAUUUAACAUACCCUUGGGAACAUGUGCAUGAAAUACAUUGUGGUUUGAGGUUUUCCAACCCAAACAGACUUAAAAGAAAAUGCAGCUUUUAAUAGAAACUAUUCAAAUUCCUGCAAAAAUAGGUAUGGAUCUCACCACUGAGAGGGUUUAAAAGCAUCAUUAUCUACCAUGAGAAUCAAAAGAGAAUGUGUUAUCCUGCUUUUUCUGUUUUGCUCAAGACCGUAAAUUUGGCGGUUCUAGUGUAUCACCAUUUUUGAAUGAAAUGCUCAGUUACAAAAUACAUGUGUAUGUGAAUGACUGAACCUCUGAUUAAUGUUUUUCUUUCUCCUUGAUGCCAUGACCUGUGGGUGGGGAAGGGAGGGCAAAGGGUGUCGCAAAACUGCUGUUAUUUAACAGUCUUCACAUUUAUACCACACAAGUUGAAUCCAUCAGGUGUAAGACAUCACCCUGAAGCAUCACUUCUGAGAACUAUUGGGAGGGAAAUAUCAGAACUGAAAUAUCACAGCUGGCCCUGAUUUUAACUGGUGCCAAACACCUGCAGACUCUAAAAGGAUACCAAAAUAAAACCCCACCCUGUGGCAGCAAGCCAGCCCUUAACAACCCUUCCUUAACUUUGCAUCACCAUCAAGAUUAAUUUAACAUUUUCUACAGAAACCUUAUUCUUCCUGUCCCAGAAGGCCAUUAUAACUCCUGUAGCCAAUCUUUCGUAUGGGAUAAAUAUGUCAUAGAAACAGAGUGAAGCCUUGAAAUAUUUGAUAGCUUAAAAUUAUCUGUUGUUUUCAUAUCAUUAUUUGUGGAAGCCUGUGAGGUUGGGGGCUUUAUUAAUCUCUAGGCUAGCUCAUAUUCUCCAAGUGACUUUGUUUUAGCACGUUUUGGCAAAGUAUCUGAGCAUCUGGGGGAAAAAAGCCUUCAGGAUUCAUAUAGUAAGUGUCAGAAGCUCCCCAAAAUACAGAGCUAUUUUUCAAGUCCUUUCUACCUAUACAUGCAGACACACAUGUGCACACAUGCACACACAUACAUACACACAUGCACUACUGAUGCAUUUUAAAGAUUGCCUUUUGAAUGACAUUAGUUAAUAUUUAUUGAAAUGCAGUUGCAUAGCCCUGGGAGGGCCAUACAAAUCAAGCAAAAUUAUAUCCUUGUUUCUAAUACUGCUGGGAAAUACAUACAUACAGUGCUCCCUGUAACUGGAAAACAGUUGAUGAAGAUCUGAGGUAAAACAGUAUGUCUGGAAAUAAUUCCUAGUAGACAAAAGAGAUACAAAAAUAAAAUUUAUGUAUCUCUCUGAGUAUAUAUGACACAUUUCAGAUAGUGAACAAAUUCAGACAUUUUGUUCUGUGAUACCUGGGUAUAAUAUUUUCAGUUUUGGAAAAAAUAAUGUGUUUCAUACGUAAGUGACCAAGUGAAAUAAAAAUUGAAAGUUUAAGGAUUCAAUUUUAUAUUAAAAUAUAAGACAAUGAUAUCCAAUUUUAUUUUGUUGUGUUGAAAAGAAUCAUAAUACAGAAAAACCUCAUGCGUUAUCAUGUAAGAGGAAACCUAUUGAAAUGUCAAAUAAAAGUUAAGGUCUUAGUAUUACAUUACUGGCAUUUUAUGUUCAUUCUUUAUGUAUACCUAGGAAAUUUGGAUGCAUCGGGUUUUUUUAAGCUAUCACACUUACAUAUUUAGAUAUCUAACUGGAAUGCCUUGGACAUUACCUGAUUGACAUUGAUGGAGAAAAGGUAAUAGAAUUUAUGUUAAAGAAAAAAGUCUCUCUUUUUGUUAUUUUCAUGAAAGGCAUGGUUCAGGGCAGAGGAGACUAGUCACUUUUUCAUUCUGUCAGUCACUCAGUUAUUUGUUCAGCAAAUAGUAAUUUCUGGCCUGCUAUAUAUGUAUGGUCUUUUAAUUUUUUUUAUUUUUGGCUGCGAUGGGUCUUGUGG